AUUGUGUGGAAAGCAGUCCCAGCAGGAGAAAGGGAGGGGAGAUUCCUCGGAUGCCAGCCCUUCUUUGGUAAACACAACCGCGAGGGAGCCUGCCUUCCGUCAGACACACUUUCCCUCUAGUCUUCGUCUUAUCGGCUGUCUAUUCUGGUUCCUCUUCCAGGAACCCCGGGCUGGCGGUACACCGCCGCGGCACGGCUGUGUGUCAUUAACAUUCCCGUUAAACUGUCUCCGUGUUUCCAGAUGCUGACGAAGAGCUUGACGAGGGCGAAGGUAACGACAGCCGCUUGUCCUACAGCAGCGUAAUACGCACGCUCCUGCACAGGGACUGUCGAAGCGACAAGCUUUAUUUAGCAUGAAAUAUCACGAGGAAGCAGAGCAGCUUAACCUGUCAAGAACUGCAGACGAAUCCCAUUAUAAUCAUUACGAUAAAGUCUUCCCCUUUGUGCUCAUACUCACGACUAAUCCCCUGAAAUAAAUAAAUAAAUAAAUAAAUAAAUAAGUAAAACCCUGCAAAGGCUGCAUACAAGCCUCCACUUGAACACAGCAAAACUGAAGGCCCGGAGACUUCACAUUCAGCAUCACACCCUUACUGUGACGCAUGCGCCAUUGAAUGGGGUCACAAAAGACCUUUCCAGAAUUUAUUUGAGGUCGCCGUGAACAGGUUUUAAUUUUCUCUCUGUCUUUUCACCCGAACAGAGGAGGCAAAACCCAAGCCAAAGUAAGUGGGCAAGCACAUUCAUGCUAACAGUGGAAUCAACAAGGUUUAGCAGUGUUGCAUUUUGUUUAUUUGUGCGACAACAACUGUAGGGUUGUUUCAAAAGACAUUAAUGUCCCCUGUUUUUCACACAGGCCGUUCGUGAUGCCCAACCUGGUACCGCCAAAGAUCCCCGAUGGCGAGAAAGUUGAUUUUGACGACAUCCACCGCAAACGUAUGGAGAAGGACCUGAACGAGCUGCAGACCCUGAUCGAGGUACACUUUGAGAGCCGCAAGAAGGAGGAAGAGGAGCUGGUCAGCCUGAAGGACCGGAUUGACAAACGCCGGGCUGAACGUGCUGAGCAGCAGAGGAUCCGCAGUGACAGAGAGAAAGAACGUCAGAAACGGCUGGAGGAAGAAAAGGCCAGGAAGGAGGAGGAAGAGGCAAAGAAGAAAGCCGAAGAGGAUGCAAAGAAGAUGAAGACCCUCACCAGCCUCCAUUUUGGAGGUUAUAUGCUGAAGUCAGAGAGGCGGGGCGGAAAGAAGCAGACAGAGCGAGAGAAGAAGAAGAAGAUCCUCAGCGACCGGCGGAAAUCUCUGGACAUUGAUGACCUGGGCCAGGACAAGCUAAAAGAAAAGGCCAACGAGCUGUGGAAGUGGUUGCACCAACUGGAGGCAGAGAAGUUUGAGCUGCAGUACAGGUUCCAACGGCAGAAGUAUGAAGUUAAUGUGCUACGGAACCGCGUGAGCGAUCAUCAGAAAACGUCAAAGAGAACAAAGAGAGGAUUGAGGAAGUGAAGAUCAAUCGAAGAUGAAAAUGAGCCCUUCAGUCAAUGAGUCAUUAUAUCUGUUGCCAACAACCUAACCAGCCCUUUCUUAUUGCUUUCUUGUACUUGUUCUAGUUUGCCAAGCUUUUCUUUAGUAUUUACAUACAGAUGUGUUCUGCUGAUAUGUUGAUGCCUUUGCUUUAAAAACAAUUCUUCAGUUUUUCGCCUUUCAAUACUGUGGAUUGAUAUUUUCUAUUUCUGAUUUCGCCCCCUUGUACUGCAUAUAAAGUAUUACAAUUUCCUUUCUAGUUUUUAUUUCUAGGCCAUGCUGGCACACCG